CUCAAGCCGUUAGUCGUUACCAUAGAGAACAUUGAAAUUACUCAUUUGCCAUCAGGAUGUGGCUCGGUAUAGUUGCUAUAUUUGCUGUAGUGACCUCAACAGUAGGUGAAUCGACAGAAUCGCGGUUAGUUCGUAUAGAUUCAGGUCCAGUGCGAGGCUAUAAGGAUGUCAGUGAGGAUAUAUUUGUGUACUAUGGCAUUCCGUAUGCCAAGGCACCGAGUGGAUCCGAUAAGUUCAAGGCACCACUUCCAUCGCCAAUAUGGUUUGAGACGUUUGAAGCUGUAAAUAAAGACAUUGUAUGCCCACAAAUUAUUAUACCUCUAUUUAAUACAAGUAGUAAAACUAUGCAAGAAGAUUGCCUUGUCGCUAACGUGUAUGUACCUGAUACAGAUAAGAAGAAUCUUCCAGUUGUUGUUUAUGUUCAUGGAGGAGGAUUUAUUCUUGGUAAUGGAAAUAUUGUGCUACCGAAAAAAAUGGUAAGCAGUAAAAAGAUAGUCGCUGUCACAUUUAAUUAUCGACUUGGAGCGCACGGUUUUCUUUGCUUAGGCACAGAAGAUGCGCCUGGAAACGCUGGCAUGAAAGACCAGGUGGCGCUUUUACGUUGGGUGAAGAAAAAUAUUGCAAGUUUUGGAGGUAAUCCUGACGAUGUCACCAUAGUAGGCGGUAGCGCAGGGUCGACUUCAGUGGAUCUUUUGAUGAUAUCUAAAAUGGCAAAAGGAUUGUUCACAAAAGUUAUACCUGAGAGCGGCGCUAACCUUUCUCCAUACAGCGUCCAAAUAGAUCCAUUACAAAAUGCCAAAGAGUAUGCUAAAUUAUUGCAAUAUGAUGGAGAUGAUGACUUUUAUAAAUUACAACACUUUUAUAAAAACGCUCCGUACGAACUAUUACAAUCGGGGAAUGUUAUAUACAGAACUGAUUCUGUAUUUCUAAUGGAACCAUGUGUAGAGGCAGAUAUAGGCCAAGAAAGAUUCCUUGAAGAUGAUCCAGUUAAUAUUUUAAAGAAAGGAGAUUUUGCCAAAUUGCCUAUGUUAUAUGGUUUUGCAAACAUGGAAGGGCUAAUGCGACUUGAUAUAUUUGAAACGUGGAAAAAUGAUAUGAAUAAUAAAUUUUCUGACUUUUUGCCACCUGAUUUACAAUUUGAAUCUGUAAAACAGAAGGAAGCGGUUUCUGAAAAAAUUAAAAGGUUUUAUUUCGGUAACAAGGAUGUCAGUAAUGAUACUAUAUUGGAUUAUGUGAACUAUUUCUCUGACGUUAUGUUUGCUUGUCCAACUUUAAGAUCAACAAAGCUUCAGUUACAAGCUGGUAAUAAUCAGAUAUACCUAUACGAGUAUUCCUACGUAGAUGACAGUACUCCAGUAGUUCCGCAUACAAAUAUACGUGGAGCGAGUCAUUGUGCACAGACUACGGCGCUAUUAGAUGGAGUUUUUUUGACAUCAAUAGACGAAGAAGAUAUACCAGAUGACUUAAAACUAAUGAAACGUAUAAUGAGAGAGCUCUGGCUAAGUUUUAUAACUACAGGAAAACCCGAGAGCUCCGAAGUACCGGCGUGGCCACCAGUAGGAAUGGAUUGGUCGCCACAUAUGGCUUUAAAGAAGAAUCCAGAACUCCGGGGAUCCUUGUUAAAAGAUAGAUGUAUGUUCUGGGAGGACAUCUUUGAUAAAUAUUACCGGCCGCCUGAACCACCUCGGCCGCACCAGAUGCGCAAUGAACUAUAAAUAUAAUAUAUGAUAUAUAUUGCA